CUAUAUAUCUAUAACCUCAAAAAUAUCAAAUAUUUGAUAAACAAUAAAUUCAUGAUUUAUAUAAGUAACAAAACAUUUCAAAAUGAGUGGAAAGUUUAUGUUACGGUCUAUUUACUGUAGAUUUUCGCAAAAAUCUUUGAAACAAAAUGUUGUAUCAUCACACAGAGUUUAUAUUGGGGUGUUUAAUCGACACUGCCGAAAUUUUUCUGCAAAAGUUAAUACAAAUUUAGAAGAGAAAAAGCAUUGCAAUGUAGGAACUAUAGGGCACGUAGAUCAUGGUAAGACGACACUAACUGCAGCUAUAACCAAGGUUCUGGCCAACGAUGGACUGGCUCAAUUCGUUUCUUAUGACGAAAUAGAUCGGGCACCAGAGGAAAAAGCAAGAGGUAUCACAAUAAAUGCAGCACAUGUAGGCUACAGCUCAAAACUCCGACACUAUGCACACACAGACUGCCCUGGGCAUGCAGACUACAUACGCAACAUGAUAUCAGGAGCUUCCCAGAUGGAUGCAGCUAUAUUGGUUGUGGCAGCCAAUGAUGGACCAAUGCCACAAACAAAAGAACAUUUGUUGUUAGCCAAACAAGUUGGAAUUAAGCAUGUAUUAGUCUAUAUAAAUAAAGCUGAUUUGGUUGACAAUGAGUUACUAGAACUAGUGGAAAUUGAAAUGCGAGAGCUGCUUGGUAACUUUGGGUAUGAUGGUGAAACUGUACCUAUGGUCUGUGGGUCAGCACUCAAGGCGUUAAAUGGAGAAGAAUCCGAAUUUGGGGCACCAUCAAUAAGAAAAUUGCUCGACGUCAUGGACACAUACGUACCGCAAAUUGUGAGGGAUUUGCACACCCCCUUCCUCCUACCUAUAGACAACUCGUUCACCGUGCCAGGCAGAGGCACUGUUGUUGUUGGCACUAUAAAAAGAGGGAUUAUAAAAAAAAAUGCUGAAGCAGAUCUGCUAGGAUUUGGUCAUAAAAUUGGGACAACAAUAUCUGAUAUUCAGAUUUUUAGAAAGAGUGUUAGUGAGGGUAUGGCUGGUGACAACGUAGGGGUUUUGUUGAGAGGUAUAAAAAUAAAAUCAGUGGAGACCGGCAUGCUCUUGUGUGCGGCCAAAAGUCAGCAGCUAAGCAAUCACUUUAAGGCCAAGAUUUACUUCCUAAGGGCUAACGAAGGCGGAAGGAAGAAGCCGGUAUUCUCCAAAUAUUCGCAGCAGAUGUUCAGUGGGACGUGGAAUAUUGCGUGCAGAGUUGAUUUAGAUCCCGAGGUCCACAUGAUGAUGCCCGGCGACCACGGCGAGGUAUACCUGACGUUGCUGGAAACCAUGGUCAUGACGCAGGGGCAGCCGUUCACCGUGCGCGAGAACAACGUCACGGUGGCCACCGGGAUCAUCACCGAGGCGCUGCCCAGCGUCGACGUGCCCAAGGGCAAGCUCGGAAAAGUCAUCGUCGACUACAGUUGAGAUAGCUAAGACGGGCUUCUUUCAUUCACUACUUACUUCAUACGAGUAGGCGCGUUUUUUGCCCAAUCGAUAUCGGGGGCUAUUAUAUAUUCACAUGAUACGCACGUAAAAGAGUUGAGGAUAUUUUAAUGGUAACAACAUAUCGUGAGGUGACAUCCAAAACUCACUAAUUGCUAAAAAAUAUUAAACAAAAAUUUUCCUUAUUUUAGUACCUACUAAUAUACUUGUGAUGGUAAUUCGUGAGUUUUGGUUGUCACCAGACGAUAUUUUGUAUAAUGUGUGUUACAUCCUUCAAUGUGAGUGGCCCGUAGCUGAAAAAUAAAACAAAAUAGUUGUAUACGCCGAAUACGAGUUUACAUCAAGGAAAACGUUGACAAACAACUCGACAACGGAUUUUUUUCUGGAAGGAAAUGGAAUAUUGAUUGACACCCCAUUUAUUAACAUUGGCUUAGUGGUGUCAAUGGCGCAGUGGUACAUAAAUGACUGAUUUUCUCAGCUGUAAUCGGAUAAAAAACUUUUUCAUCUUUCCUGUUCGGAAAGUUCACCUUUCAUAGGCUGAUAGCCGGGUGGAAAAUUGCUUUUCCCACCCUAGGGUGGAAAGUAAUUCUAAUAUAAAUAUGCCUGGCAAAACUUAAUUUUUCGAAUUGUUCAAAUUUUACCGUAAUCUUCAACUAAUUUAAUUACAUUGUUGUUUUGUUGUUUACCUAUAAGAAAUAUACUUACCAAUAAUAAACAAU